AUGCUAGCUCAGUUAUCUGACUCGGGUGAUGAAGAUGAAACUCUACGCCGCUCUCCAAAGAGAAUCAGAAGAGUGAACUCUGAAUGUGAUGCAGGCCAAUUCGGAAAUCGCUGGUUACUUGGAGAUAGUGUUUGUCCAAAUAGGUCAUAUUUAUUAACACCUGUUCUGAAUCAAGUUUCUGAAGCUGAACAUAGGGAAGUACACAUUAAAACUAGAAAUGUAAUUGAAAGAGCAUUUGGAGUAUGGAAACGUAGGUUCCCUGUUGUAGCUCUUACACUACAUUUGUCAAUACCAAAUAUGCAGGCAGUAAUAAUAGCAACUACAGUCCUAAAUAAUAUUUUCAGAAAUCACAAUCUCACAGAAAUCCCCUCUGAAGUAGAACUACCAGCUAUCGACCAUAGUACAAUGCCUCGUAAUGUAGUUGUUAAUAUCCUACAAACCAUAAAACUGAUCUAA